AGACACAUUUAUUUAUUUGAAAGGCAGUGUAUCAGAAAGAAAGAUCUUCUAUCCAGCAGCUCAUUCCCCAAAUGGUGGCAAAUGCUAGGCUGAACACCAUCCGGGCCUCCCAAAAGGAUGGCAGGGAAGCCAGGCACUUGAGCUGUCUUCCACUGCCUUCCCAGGCCCGUUAGAAAGAGCUGGAUUGGAAGUGGAGCAGCGAGAUCUCAAGCCAGCACUCAGAUCUUUAGUGAUCAGAAAUAACAUCACCAAGCACGCGGCGAUGUCUGUUGAUCCGAUGACGUACGAGGCCCAGUUCUUGGGCUUCACUCCGCAGACGUGCAUGCUCAGGAUCUACACUGCGUUUCAGGACUACCUGUUUGAGGUGAUGCAGGCGGUGGAGCAGGUCAUUUUGAAGAAGCUGGAGGGCAUCCCCGGCUGCGAGAUCAGCCCGGUCCAGAUUCGUAAAUGCACAGAGAAGUUUCUUUGCUUCAUGAAAGGACGCUUCGAUAACCUUUUUGGCAAAAUGGAGGAGCUGUUUUUGCAGUUGAUUUUGCGUAUUCCCCCCCACAUCUUGCUUCCUGAAGAUAAAUGUCAAGAGUCGCAUCCUUGUAGUGAGGAGGAAAUCCAGCUUCUCCAGCAAGAGAUUGAACAGUUACAGGAAAAGUAUAAGACUGAGUUACGUACCAGGGAGGCCCUUCUCGCAGAAUUAGAAGAGCAAAAAAUUGUUCAGGCCAAACUCAGACAGACAUUGACUCUGUUUGAUGAACUUGAAAAUGUUGGCAGAGAUCGUGGAACUAGUGAUUUUAGGGAAGGUUUGGUGUUUCUGGUCCAGAACUCCAGAAAGCUGCAGAACAUUAGAGACAAUGUGGAAAGAGAAAGUAAAAAACUGAAGAUAUCUUAAGUUCUCAUUAGUUAAAAAGAAAGAAGCCAUCAAAAAUAGAGUGGUAAGGACCUUACAGCAGUGACUGUCCAGGCCAACCACAUAUCUUACUAGGUUUUGUUCACCUUAUUAUAUUCCACAUCUUCCUCUUUUUUGAUGCAGUCUCCUGAAAGAUCUCUGUGCUACCUUGAAACUGGCCUAUGAAGAUCUUUUCCUUAGAGGCCUCUAACAGGUGGGAAGGGAUUCUUGGUUCAGUAAUAGCACAGUUGGGUGCGUAAAUGAAUAAGUGAACUCAUGGCCAGUGAAAAACAUUUGUGAAGUUGUGUGUUGGUCAUGAGUUUUUCCUGUGGCCUUGACCCUUUGGGCCUGUCCUGUGGCUGAGACGGGCUAAGCAGGUGACUCCUUUGUUAACCAGUCCCUGCAGUGUGCCUCAGGCAACAAUGCUUCCUCUUGCCUGGUGACUCUUCCAUCCAUGAGGAAAUUGGUAACUUUUAAAAAGCAAGUAGUAAAGAAGACAAUUUUGAUCUUCACUAAAGAAGAAAGAAGCUGGUUUUGUUUUGUUUUUUUUU